UGCUGGGAGAGUGAGAGGGAGAGAGCAGCAGCACUGCACAAGUCUUUUAUUUUUGGACUUGGCGAUUCCAAUUUUGUAAUGGCGGGUACAUAAAAAUUGAAACAAAAUACACUCGCUCGCUUUUCUCACUCUAAAAGAGAAACAUAAAUCACUAACAAAAAUAGAAAUGGAGGGGGAUGAUAGAAUUUUAGAGGCUGAGAGGCACCAGAUCGAGCAGAUUCGACAGCUUGAUUUCGAAGAAUUACAAGUCGAAGAAGUCGACGAGGACGACGAGGACUCCUCCCUCGAUGAUCGUGAUGCCUCUGGUGCUGGUUCAUCUGAUGAUUUCACCUUCAACACUUGUUUGGCUUCAUUGCAUACUUAUCUUGGCGAGGUUGAAGACACUCACCAUAGACUUGCUUUCUUGGAUGGAGGUGCCAUUUUAAACCUUCCAUUGUUCUAUCUUGAAGGAGUUGUUCUUUUCCCAGAGGCUACACUUCCUUUGAGAGUUAUUCAACCCAAUUUUAUUUCUGCUGUUGAGAGGGCAUUGGUUCAAGUUGAUGCUCCUUAUACUGUAGGUGUGGUUCAUGCAUACAGGGAUUCUGACAAAAGACGAUUAAGGUUUGCAACUGUUGGAACAACUGCAGAGAUUCGGCAAUAUCGGCGGUUAGAGGAUGGCUCACUGAAUGUUGUCACUCGUGGCCAGCAGCGGUUUCGUCUAAAACGACGUUGGAUUGAUAUGGAAGGAGUGCCCUGUGGAGAGGUCCAAAUCAUUCAGGAAGACAUGCCAUUAAGGACACCCAAGGAUGUGUUUGGAAAAUUGGCACCAUUAAGUAAUCUUCGUGGUCAUAAAUUCUCAUCUGGGCUUCCCUCAACUUUUUCAUCAGUUGGAUAUGGGCAUAGCGACAAUGAUUCAGAGGCAAAUUCAGAGGAAAGCUUCGAGACUGCGCUCUCCCUGGCAGAAAGGAGAAUUCAUCAAUCUGCAUUGAAUUCCUGUUAUGGCUAUGACAUGAUGGAUGAAUCAAUGAGCAGUGAUGAUGACAAGUUCAUGAGUCAGUCAGAAGAAAUGAUAUCGAGAAGAUCUCACCUAAGUGAGACAGAAGGGUCAUUGUAUUUGGACACUGGGAAAAAUCUGGGCAAUACUACCUUGGAGAUUGGGAAUAGUUCUGGUUUAGCAAAGAAAGGGGAAGGAUCAAAGAGAUGUUGGAAAAAUACUGAUUUAAACCAGUUUCGAAGGGUUCCAAGAACUUUCUGGCCCUACUGGGUAUACAGUAUGUAUGACUCCUAUUGUCUUGCUGAAAAAGCAGCAGAUAUGUGGAAACAGAUUGUUGGGGCGCCAAGCAUGGAUGGUCUUGUGAGAAAGCCUGAUCUCUUAUCAUUUUACAUUGCAAGUAAAAUUCCUGUGUCUGAAGAGACCAGGCAGGAGCUUCUGGAGAUUGAUGGCAUUUCAUAUAGACUGCGUCGGGAAAUUGAUUUACUUGAAACUUUUGACCUUGUUCGAUGUAAAACCUGUAAGAUUGUCAUUGCUCGGCGGAGUGAUAUGUUGGUGAUGUCUAGUGAAGGUCCUCUUGGUGCUUACGUGAAUCCACUUGGUUAUGUACAUGAGAUAAUGACACUCCAGAAAGCAAAUGGGCUAGCACUUAUAGGGCGAGCCACUGCAGAGUACAGCUGGUUUCCUGGUUAUGCCUGGACAGUUGCGGAAUGUGCCUCCUGUGAGAUCCAAAUGGGUUGGCUUUUUACUGCCACGAAGAAGAAGUUGAAGCCUCAAUCGUUUUGGGGGAUACGGAGUUCCCAGGUUGCUGGUGAUACAUGCUAGGACCAGAUUUUCAACUGUUGUCUUUUGUAUCUGUUCAUAAGCAUGUAAUGAGCUUUACCUGUAAGUAGGAUGAAUCCCUUUCUUCAAAAUGUAUUUCAUCAUUCUUUCCAUUGAUAACAGAGUAGCUGUAUAGCUUGGCUAGCGCAUGCCAAUCGAUAACCGGCUUUGUUCUUCAAUCAAGCUGGAUUUCAGUGGUUGUAGAUGUUGCAGGCUUUAUACUACACAUAUUGAUGCUAGGACUCGUUGGAAAAUCCUGACUGAAAACGUGUUUGAUGGAUUGGAAUUUACAAUCGCAAGGGUCUGUUUGGACUCUGAGAUGUUAUGUUAUUCUUUCAUAAAGUUUAUUUAUGUUAAUCCUAGACAUUUCCAAUCUGAA